GUCAAACCUGGAAUCUGUGGUCUCUCUCUAUUGGUUAACUCUCCUGCCAGUCUUGUGACGUCUGCCCAUGAGCUGCGUGACUGGUCCGUAGGAGGUUUCCUAUAGGUUUAAGUAGGCAGUGUGAGUUUACAAUGAGGAAAAUGGAGCUAUUGAUAGAAUUAAUUUGUGAAUAAAGCCAAUUCGAUUUUGUGGCGACAUGAAACUUGCUGUAUACGCGUUUUACGCCUUUGCUCUUGGGCUUUUGCUGUUUGGGUUGCGUGAAUUAUUGUUCGGUUUCGAGGAGAACCGAUGCAGCAUGACAUACAUGUUCGAGUACCCAGAAUACCGACGCGUGCAGCUCCCGCGGCGUGUCGCGCGCCAGUACCCAUCAUACGGCCUGUAUCUGUAUGGAGAAGGUGCAUAUGCUCUGGAGACCAGAGGACUCAAGCUCACUGGCGCUCCUGUGCUCUUCCUGCCUGGCAAUGCUGGAAGCUACAAGCAAGCUCGUUCGCUUGGUUCAGUGGCAUUGAGAAAGGCUGAGGAUUUGGACAGACGGACCCAUAUGAACGUCUUCUCUAUUGACUUCAAUGAGGAGCUUGUAGCUCUGUACGGGGGCAGUCUGCACAGACAGACUCGCUUUCUUCAUGAGAGCAUCAAAGCCAUCUUGCGCCUUUACAAGGACCAGCCGGACCCCCCCACAGGUGUGGUUUUGGUGGGUCACUCCAUGGGUGGAGUGGUGGCGAGAGCGUUGUUCACCCUGCCACGCUUCAAACCACAGAUGGUCAGCCUCAUUAUUACACAGGCCUCCCCCCACCAGGCACCUGUGCUAUCUCUGGACCCUUAUAUACUGGAGUUUUACUCUGCAGUCAGCCAGCGUUGGGCUACAGGUGCUGAAGACCUUCGGAAUGUAACCGUUCUCUCUGUGGGUGGUGGUUACCGUGACUACCAGGUGCGCUCUGGUUUGACUGUGCUGUCCUGCCCCAUCGAUGACCUCAAUAAGAUGUCCCUAGUGGUGACUGCGGUUCCCAGGACCUGGGUUUCCACAGAUCAUCUUUCCAUUGUUUGGUGCAAGGAACUGGUUCUGGCCACAGUCCGUGCGUUCUUUGACCUUAUUGAACCUGAAACGGGGCAGUUUACAGAAAAUCCACAGAAGCGAAUGUCAGUGUUGAACUAUCACUUCUUCAGACACCCGGUGCAACAGCCUGGAGGAGGACAUAAUGCCCCUCUCACUUUCUCAGCUCCUCCUGAGGCAUGGAAGGAGGUCAACACGCUCCGUCUGUUUUACAAUGCCCCCAAGGAAGCUCAAGUCAAGUACUUCCUGUUUGCCCUCUCCAGUCGAAGGAAAGCCUAUAGCCAUUUCCACUGCCGCAGUAAUAAUAUGGAAAUGUCCAGCUGGCUUUAUGGCUGCACACAGAUGAGUGGCUCCAUGUGUGUGCAAGCAGUAGAUCUGUCAUCUGGGACAGAGCUCCUUCCAGUUUACAAGACUGUUACAGUGAAAAUCAGUGAACUCUUAUCCGUCUCUCAUCUCAUCAUUGACGCUUCUAACCCCAGUGGAGCACAGUUUGUGGUGGAGUGUGAGCUGCAGAGAGAGGAGAGCUUGACUGUCUCAGUACAGGUGCCUCAUGUGCUGUCCUUUGGUUUGACUGUCCAUGACAUCAGCAUUAACUCCUCUGGGCUGUUCCAUACACUGCAGCUACAAAACUUUCACCAGGUUUAUCAGGCUUUCAGAAUCACGGUCACAAGUCACUGCAAGGCCACUAAAGACCGACUGGCAAGUGUGUACAGACUGAGAGUGCCUUGGUUCGUUGAGGACUCCUUUACCACAGCUAGUAUUCCUUCAGUAUCUGAGAUCUAUGGCAUGCUUCACACCAGUCGGCGAGACAGCUCCUCCAAUGCCCUUCUGCAGCUCCACACUGCCCCCAACUGCCAGUACAAGUUGUCUAUCCGAACUUCGGUUUCCAAAGUGCUUGGGCAGAUUCUGCGUUUCUGUGGCCCAAUGCUGCCUGUCUAUGCAGCUGUAGCGCUUCUCCUGAUGAUCAGGGCUCAGCUGAACUCAGUGAAAAGAUCGGGACAUCCUGUUGGAAUGCAAGAGGUGAUGAGUAAAUCCUUACAGCUCCACAAACUAGAACUGCCUGUCCUACUGCUCCUGCUGCUACUCAGACAGAGCUGGUUUAAGGAUGUCUGGUUCUCUCUGGGUCUCCCGGCGGUGGAUACUCUUCCCCUAAACUCUGUGGAGGACCUGUCUCAAGAUACAAAAGAACUUGUACAGGAAUGGCCACGGCUGGUGUCCCCACUGCUCUAUGUACUGGGUGCAGCCAUUGCUUUUUUGGGUAGCACAGUCCUCAGAGUUUCUGUCCGUUUCCUGUCCUUUGUGCUUGCUCCACUGCACAGACCCUCAGUGUCCCGAGAUUGCGGCACACUUCGUCUUCGUACUCUGAUUAUCCUGAUCGUCUCUUUGAGUGUGCUGGGUGGAGUCACCUGUGGAGCAUUGGCUCUAACUGGCUCCACUCUCCUACACCUCUAUAGGGUGCUUAGAUUACAGAUGACUGAGAGAUCACUGAGCCACAUGUUAAACCUGGAACCACAGAAAGUUUCACAAAACUCGGAAAACGGUUUUCAUGACAGUGAUUGUCACAGUAAGGGUAAAGAAUGUAAUGGCACCUCUCUACUGUCAGAAUCGGUGCUGCAAGACGUCAGAGAUGAUCUGCAACUCCACCUUAGUCUGUCCACACUGCUUACCCUUCCCAUGAUGCUCAGCGCACCCUCCCUUAUCCACUGGAAUCGCAAUCUCCGAUAUUGGGUUCAUCUGGAUCCUGACCCCUGCUGGCCUCACACACUGCCCCUGCUCAUCAGCUCUGUACUGCUUAUCAACUGUAACACACACACACUACUCUGCAGCAAACUGAUGACGAUGACGUCCCGUCUGCUACUGCCGCUGUGUGUGGGCAUGUUAGCUUUCUGUCCUCUGCACAUUUACCGGGUCAUUCAUUUCCUGUCUGCAUCUCUGACUAUUUUGGUCUCUUCUUGUUACUUUUGACCUUCUCACCAACUUCAAACAGUCUGCACUGAGAUUAGAACCAGACUAAGGAUUUGUGUUAAUUCACACCACACCGAAACAGCCUUAGAACUUGUGUAUUCAGUGAGAUCAGAUGGACUAAUGACAUCACUGGACCAGCACAUCUGGCAUCAUGUGAUUUGUCGAAUGUCAUCAUUUGUGGCUUCUGAACAGGGUAAUCUUUUUGUUAAUGCUGUGCAUCUGUGUUCAAGAGAAAUAUCUAUAGUGGAUCAUAAGAUUGGUUUACCAGACAUAUAGACCUAUAGUGUUCACUGAUCCCUUUUUAGUCUAAGACUAUUUUUAGUCCACAUCUGGAAAACUAGCCUGUCUGAUUUCAUACUAAUGUGUAGAGUCAACAUGAAAUCAACUUUCUUAAAACAUGUUCCUGGUAUUGUUCACGAUUCACCAGUGCCCAUCAUUCCAAAGAAAAAAGUGUUUGUCAAAAAGUAAUAAUUUGCUCCACCUCUGAAGAAACUUAGCUGACAUUACGUCACCUGAUGUUAACCAAUAUUCAAAUAGGUAUUUAGGCUACUUUUGUAGAUAAAACUGCCUUUCUAAAAUCUUGCCAAACACAGUAAUUUAAUGCCAGACAACGUUAUGUGACAUUAUAGAUUUGAAAAACCAUUUGGGAUAUGCUGAGAUGUAAGGGUGAACUUGACCUUCUGCUUCUAUAUUUUUUUAGUGGGUGCUGGUGGUGUUUCAAGAGGGAACAAUUGACUGGAAACCCACUGUAAGGUCUGGCUCCAUUCUCGUAUUAAAAGUGGGUGUUUUAUGAUCCAAUCAGUUCUCGAUGUAUGCAAUUCACACCCUAUUUUUUUUUCUCUUAUUGAAUAUUCUGUUUUACUCAGAAAUGCAUUACAUUACGAAAGUAACAUUUGUUUGCGAAUUUCAUUUCAUGUUGACUUUAAGGGUUAAAAAAACACCUUUAAAAGAAAAUUCCAGGUUCAAUACAAGUUAAGCUUAAUUGACAUCAUUUGUAGCAUAAUGUUGAUUGUCACAAAUUUAUUUUGAACUGUUCAUCCUUAAAAAAUAAAAAUAAAAACAUCAAUUAAAAAAAUAAUACAAGUUUUUAUAAAAUUCUAAGCUUCACAUUUUGGGGGGCGGGGGGCAAAAAUUAAGGUUAAGGUGGGGCACUCCCAAUGGAAGUGAAUUGAAAGCCAAUUUUUGGAGGGUUUAAAAAAAAGGCAGAAAAUGUGAAGCUUAUAAUUUGAUUAAAGCACUUACAUUAUUUUGUUGUGUAUUAUUUUAUAAAUUGUAGUUUUAUUUUAUUAAGGAUGGACAGUUCAAAAUUAAUUUGUGGCAAUCAACAUUAUGCUACAAAUGCUGUCAAUUAAGCUUAACUUGUAUUUAACCUGGAAUAUUCCCUUUAAAAAAAAAAACACACAAACCUUUCUGCAAUUGACAUGUCUGUCUGUGUGUGUGAGUGUGACUGCAUAACUUUGCCUAUUAUAUCUUCAAUUUGUCAUUUCUGACUUAAACCAUUUGGCUAUGAAUGCACUUUUUAUGCCUGUAGGUUCUAUCUGUGUUACACAGAUCAGUUCCUACACAAACACCCCUGUUGCAUUUAGCUGAAACUGUAAGGCAAAUUUCAAUGUAACAUUCCAUCUGGUUAUGUUAUAAUGAAUUUUGCAAAUGGUGGUCACAUAUUUGGAUUGACAAGCAAUAUGAUUUUUAUAUCAGCAUCAACGUGCACAAUUUGUGGUGUUUAAAAAAACCUCACAGUAAUGUUUAUGGUAAUAGUGCAGUCUCAUAGAGGCAAAUUAUUAAAGAAUCACUGCCAGAGUCACAGUAGCCAUGAGAUUGUUGCUGUCUGCACAGCUGACAACUUGUCUUGUGUGUGUGUGUGUGUCUGUAUUCAGGAGUAAAAUGAGAUGUGUAUUUUUACCAUAGUAUUUGAUGGAUAAUGUUGAUGAACCAUCAGUGUUCUCCACAAACUGCUCCGCAGCAUCCAUCUGCUCCAUCAUUUGAUUUGCUAAUGACAGCUGAUUUGAUUCGGAGAUUGUUAAUCUGAGAGCCUGAUGAGCUGAUCUGAAAUUAUAUAAAAUGAAGGAAUGGUGCCUUGUAAUAUGCCUCUGUCUCUCUGAAACCAGUUCACAAUUUAACAUGCUUGUCAGUGAGGGCAGAUGCAUAUUGGGCCAUGUUUUUUCAGUUGGGCCAGCACAUCUCGGCAGUCUGAUAUUUUAAUCAGAAAAUGAAAGAGAUUAAGGAUGUGUUGCACCAAAAAGAACAAAAAUACAUGACACAAGUGUGCCGUGUGUGUGUGUGUAUUUUAAAUUAAUUCCUUUUUAAGAUCUUUUGCAAAUGAGCAGUAGUGUGGUGUUUUUUAUUUUUUAUUUUUUAUUUUUUUUAUGGCAUGCUGUGACCUUGCUCUGCCUCAUUCUAAAAUUGUGCUGGUUUUGUGGUGAAAGUUUGAGAAAUGCUUCUUAUUUUUCUCAAAGUGAUUGUUUUCAUUGGUGUUCACUGUGAUGUGCCACAAUAUUUUGAGGCUAGGAUUUGAUUGUCUCAAAGCAGAAGUGGUGAUCUAGAAAUAGGUCUGUCUUGGUCAUGUAAUGAUUACAGUCACCAUCUUAAUAAAGCCAAACAGAUAAAACAGCAGCUCAUCAACCCUGCAGCAAUGACAGCAGUGUUUGUAUUGAUGUUCGUGUCACCUACUAUGCUAAAAUGCAUGGAAAAUUUGGAACAUGAAAAUGGUAAUAGUUUAGCUAUUGCAGUUGCACCAUGUCAUUUUGUAAAGACCUCACAGAAAUGCAGUUUUAUAAAAAUGCCAGAACUAAAAAAAAAAAAAAGGUUUACUAGCUAACUGUUAAGUAUAUGCAUUAGCAGGUGUGGAAUGCAAAGGGGCAUAAAGCUUAAAACCUUGAUCAAACCUUCGACCAGAUCAAUCUUCAGGAAACAUUAGAGCGAUCGAAAGCCCCAGAACAAAUAUGAAUCUGAACAUUCCUAUCAUAUUCUCUGUGAGAAACACGCAUUCAGUAUUUCCCUUGGAGCCAGUCUCAAGCAUACCCCAAAAGCAAUUUUAGCUGUGACUGUUUUGACUGUUUUUAUAGAAUGCAGCUCACUGCCUCAUCAACUUAAAUGCUGUUGUGCUUUAACGUAGUUGCUGUUACGGUCGGCACUGCUGUUUUGAUUCAUCUGUUAUAAUGGAUAGGUUUAAGAAAAAGCUCCGUAGAGAUUUAUAAAACACUAAUUAAUAAUGUAUUAUAGAAAUCUAUAUUGUAAGGAGGCAACAUGAUUAGGUGAUCACUUGAUUACAUGUGCUGUCGUUUGAAAGCUUGAAAAUGGUUAUUUGAUCAAUUUUGUUCAAGGAGGAAUUAAUCAGUAGUUGUAUAUCACUUACUUUUAACCUUUUGCAGCACAUAUAUGUUUUACUUGGGGUUUACUUUAAGAUGUUUACUUGGAGAUGUAGAAACCGAUACAAGCGUGAUCAUAGUGCAGUUUUGUUUGGUUUGUGGUGCUUUUGUAAUGAUCAUAUUUCACUCAUAUAUAGUAACUAAACCAAACUGUAAGAGUGCAAAUGAACAUUUAUGUCAGUGGUUCUUUUAUACUGAUCUGUGUGGAAACACUAGCACAUGUCUGCUAACAUAUUAGCACUUCUUUCUGCAGGCAUGUACCAGUCUAGCCCAACCGCAGUGCCACUGUGAUUUAUUUGUAAUUGUUGUCUUAACGUGGUGAUUAGGGCAGCUAAUGCUGCAGAGAUAAGCAUCACUUAUUAUUAUUAAAUAUUCAAAUAUGCUAGAAUGUGUCCGAAGUGUUGUGCACUUGCUUUGUAAUUAAAUGAUUAAAGUGCAGGAUAACAAGGUAAUUGCCUUUCUCUCUCUCUCUCUCUCUCUUUCUCUCUGAGCUUUGUAUAUGGUAAAAUUACAAAGUGAACUUUCUCAGGUUUAAAAUGUGUCGUGGAGUCAGUGGCUUUCGGUGUUUUUAUAUCUUGACAUUAAGAGUAACGCUAUUUUACUCAAAUAUGUGCACAUGUGAGCACUGCUGCUGUUCCAAUAAAAUUGUUUA